GAAAAGAUGUGCAACAAGGGUCAAAAGGAUCUUCACGACGGAGCAUCUUCCAACUUGAAUUUGACUAUCUAGGAGUGUCUGCUUAGCUUAGCUCUCUAUAAAACCAGAGCACUAGUUUGGCAAAUUGGCAUCACCAAAGAGAUCAGUUCCAAUUCAUUCCAAAUAUAUAUAUUUUAGUUCUUCUCUAAGUUUUCAGAGUCAUAACAAUGGCUGCCAUAUCCUACAGACAAAACCCACACGUCAACAACACUUACCCGCAGAAAGGAGUCAUCGCUGAGGAAAUCCAAGGACUCAUUAGAGUUCACAGAGAUGGUUAUGUGGAAAGGCCUCAAGUUGUUCCUUGUGUUUCCUGUUCAUCGUCACAAUCAUGUCGUUCUGUGACUUCCAGAGACAUCUUCAUCAACAAAGACACCGACCUAUGGGCACGUUUAUAUGUCCCUGUAGGCUUCUCUAACACCAAUAAGCUUCCUUUGCUAAUUUACUUCCACGGUGGUGGCUUCUGUGUUGGCUCUGCGUCUUGGAGCUGCUACCAUGAGUUCUUAACCAGUCUCGCUUCGAAAGCAAACUGUAUCAUUCUCUCUCCGGAAUACCAUUUAGCCCCAGAAAAUCGUCUUCCUUCUGCAUAUGAAGAUGGUUUCAGCACUGUCAUGUGGUUGGAACAAGAAUCUCUGAACAGCUCUAGCGGGCAAAAAUGGUGGCUGAAUCAGACCAACCUAUCAUCUCUUUAUCUUGCAGGUGACAGUGCAGGAGCCAACAUAGCCUACAAUGUUGGUUCACGCAUUUCAUCAAACACUCGAUUGUCACUCAAAGGUAUAAUCUUGAUCCAGCCUUUCUUUGGAGGAGAAGAAAGAACCAUGUCAGAGAAGCAAUGUUCAGACAAGUUUCUUACUCUAUCAGCCUCAGACACCUACUGGAGAUUAUCGCUUCCUCAUGGGGCAAACCGAGACCACCGUUAUUGUAACCCUCUGGUUAACGGCGUCACCAAGCUGAGAGACUUGAGGGUUUCAGGUGUUCUGGUGUGUGUAUCAGAAUUGGAUAUAAUGAAAGACAGAAACUUGCAGCUUUCUGAGGCUUUGGUUAGAGCAGGGAAGAAGGUGGAGACUGUGAUGUUCAAAGGCGUGGGCCAUGCGUUCCAAAUUCUGAAUAACUCACAUCUUUCACAGACUCGUACCCAGGAAAUGAUCAGUCACAUCAAGAACUUCAUCAGCCAUUAGUGAUGAUGACGAUAGCUCUGCAUCAUCUUUGAAAAUUUGUCCGGGGAGAUUUGGCGUCUACAGUCUCGCGUGUUUGCUGUAGUAAUAUGAUUAGGAUGUGUAAGCGUCGCUUGUGUACGGUCAUUUUAACAAUAAUUUAGUCACAGAAGACAAAUAUUAGUAUACCUUAUAGAUUUGAGUUUCUUGUUUUUUAAGACUAGAUGGCUAUCUUUUUCUGUUAUUUGCUUUUUGUCUACGCAUUAACUUUUUGGUUUA